AAACCAGACCCGAAAGACACCCUUCAAAUAAAAUUGAUGCCACUAUAAAUGCAUUUGCGGUUCCAUUUAAGAAAUCUCAAAAACUAUGUUGCCGCUUGUCAGCUACGGUUGAAAACCAUUACUAUAAAACCUUGCUCAUAGCUACCACUUUGUCAUAAACCAACCUACUAGCUACUUUAUUCUCUCCAUGGAUUCUCAAAAUUUUGACUUAUUAGCACUUGUCUCCUUUUUUCUCAUCAUUCUUGUGGCACUCAAAACUGGGAGGAAUCUCAAGAAAAAAGGCUCAUCUCUUCCAAACCUACCCCCAGGACCAUGGAAGUUACCUAUUAUAGGACACAUACACCAUCUAGUGACCUCUACACCACAUAGAAAAUUAAGAGACUUGGCCAAAGUUCAUGGACCCUUGAUGCAACUACAACUUGGAGAGAUCUUUGCAAUUGUUGUUUCCUCACCAGAUUAUGCUAGGGAGGUACUUAAAACACAUGAUGUUGUAUUUGCAUCUAGGCCUAAGAUUGUAUCUAUGGACAUAAUAUCAUAUGGAUGCACAGAUAUUGCAUUUUCACCUUAUGGAAAUUACUGGAGACAGCUGCGAAAAAUAUGUAAAAUGGAGCUUUUAACUCAAAAACGUGUUGGUUCGUUUAGGCCAAUAAGGGAAGAAGUGCUUACAAGUCUCAUCAAAAGGAUUGAUUCACAGCAAGGGUCAUCCAUCAACAUCACUCAGCUUGUGGUUUCGUCGACAUUUGCUAUCAUUACAAAGGCUGCAUUUGGCAAGGAAUGCAGAGUCCAAGAAGAGCUUGCGUCUUUGGGAAAUGGAGAAUCGGUUGGAGGAGGUUUUGACAUAGCGGAACUGUUUCCGUCUGCUAAAUGGCUUCAACUUGUUUCUGGUUUGAGGCCAAAACUUGAGAGGUUGCAUAGACAAAUUGAUGAGUUACUAGAAAAGGUCAUCAUUGAACAUAAAGAAGCAAAGUCAAAAGUAAAAGAAGGCCAAGGUGAAGUAGACGAAGAUCUAGUCGAUGUUCUUCUAAAGUUUCAAGGUGGUAAUGAUAGUGAUGAAGAUAUAUGCUUAACUGACAACAACAUCAAAGCUAUAAUCCUGGACAUUUUUGGUGCUGGAGGCGAUACAUCAGCUUCUACCAUAGUUUGGGCAAUGUCAGAGUUGAUAAAGGAUCAAAGAGUGAUGAAGAAAGCACAAGAUGAAGUGAGAGAAAUCUUCAACAUGAGAGGAAAUAUUGGUGAAAACUAUAUAAAUGAACUAGAAUAUUUGAAGUCUAUUGUGAAAGAGACAUUAAGAUUACACCCUCCAGCUCCUCUUUUGCUUCCAAGAGAAUGUGGACAAGCAUGUGAGAUAGAUGGGUAUCAUAUACCAAUCAAAACCAAAGUAAUAGUCAAUGCAUGGGCAAUCGGAAGAGAUCCUAAGUACUGGAUUGAACCAGAGAGGUUCUAUCCAGAAAGAUUCAUCGGUAGCUCUAUUGAUUAUAAAGGGAGUAAUUUUGAGUACAUUCCUUUUGGAGCUGGAAGAAGAAUGUGCCCGGGCAUCACAUUCGGUCUGAUAAAUGUUGAGCUAGCCCUUGCAUUUUUGUUGUAUCACUUUGAUUGGAAGCUUCCCAAUGGAAUGAAAGGUGAGGAUUUGGACAUGACUGAGCAAUUUGGAGCUAGCAUCAAAAGAAAACAUGACUUGUAUUUGAUACCCACUUCUCCUCUUCCUUCUGUUGUAAGCUAAACCAUACAAGCAAAAGCUAUAUAUAGCCUAUAAGUAUAACCUUGAAUUUGUUAUUUCAUGUUGGCUUUUGAAAUAAAAAUGGGGAACCAAUUGUAAAACAAAAUCAAUUCACAAGGUAAAUGAAUAAUUACUGCUGUAAUAGUUGAACAUAGAGGAUAAUUACAAGGUAAAUGCACAAGGAACCAAUUGUUUUUGGUGCAAA